AUGGGUGUCACUGGAUGGUUGUGCUUUUCGUCGGCACUGGCUGCGCUAGUGGCUGGUGCUGCACAGGGAGACUGCACAGCACAGGGCCCGAACAGAUGUCCCAGCACUUCCGGGACGUCCUGGUUGCAGAUGAAAGGCAUUGCACGCCGAUCUCAAGUCGGCGGACAGGAAGAGCCCGAGUUCUUCCCUGUUCACGGCGGGGUCGACAAGUCCUGCGCCGGGCCUUCUACUAUGUCUGCCACGGACUCGAGUAAGGAGACAGUGGAAAGGAGCUUGGAGGAUUGCAAGAAUCGCUGUUUGGCCACUCCUUCCUGCAAGGGCCUUGACUGGAGCGGUAGCCGCUGCCGCGUCUGGACGCAGCACAUCAGCGGCAGCCUUCAUAGAUCAGGUUCGACAUGCCUACGGCUCGUCCCAGACGUGUCUGUGCUGCAGAACUUUGUGGCGGUGAAUGGCGGCCACGGCCAAAGUUGCCGGGGCAAGCAUGCCUUCGACAAGGAGGCGGCCUACUACACGGCCAGCGCGGCCGGCUCACUUGAGGAAUGCAAAGCUGCGUGCGUGCAGCAUCCGGAAUGCCAGGGUAUCAGUUUCGCCAGCUCCGGCAGCUGCGAGAUUUGGACACGACCGGAAGGAAUCGAGGCCACUGCCGAGGACGACGGCUCGGUGUGCCUCAAGGUACCCACAGAGACGACGACUUCCACAGCGCCGCCCACGGAGCCGACCACGACCAGUCGCUCCAAGUGGAAAGACUGGGAGGUCUUCUGGGGUAUGAACUGUUGGAAGCACCAUGGAGCUGACGAGUUUGACAUCGAUCCCCUCCGAGGGCAGUACACUCUGCAAGAAUGCCAGGAAGCCUGCCUCCAGGAGCCUGAAUGCCAAGGGGUCGUGAUGCCACAGAGCGAUGAACAUGCGUCCAAGAAGACGUGUUGGCUGCGGAAGAACGUGCACAAGGAGAAGUGCCGGCAAGGCCACCCUUUCAACUUUUGGUUGCGGCCGGGAGUUCAGCUGCAACGAGCAGGUCCAGCCAGCGAAGCCGCCUGCUGUGCGUCUUUCGAGUCGUGGCCGAACACCGACAAGGUGCAAUGCUCGGGAUGCAUGGCCCUGGUUGAAGCGGAACCCUUCGGUGGCAGAUGCGACAAGUAUUGCGAAAGCUUCGGCCAUGUUUGUUACCAAGCAGCCGAAGAGGUCAAUGAAAACUGUGCCGUCAAGUUCACUUCCAGAUGCGAUGUGGCCAUCACUGGUACCAGCGAUAUGCUUUGCACUUGCCGCCAUCCACAGUCCAUGGACGAACCCAAGUGCGAUUGGCCGGAGCCCGAGCCGCUCCCUCCGACGCCGAGCCCCGAUGCGUGCUGCCGAAAUCCGAGCCAAUGGCCUUCCGUGGAUAAUGGCGUCACAUGUGACGAUUGCAUGGCUCUCGUGGUGACCGCCCCGUACGGUAAUCGCUGCGACAAGUACUGUGAAAGUUUCGACCACGUGUGUGUAGCCGCGGCGGAGGAGCAGAACGAGAACUGUGAGAUACAGUACACUAAGCGCUGCGAUGAGCCCAUCGAAGGCACCUCGGACAUGUUGUGCAAGUGUGUGAAGAAGAACGCCCCGCCGUUUUGCCCGGCUCCUCCGGCGCCGCCUGCACCAACGCCCGAGCCCACGCCCUCUCCUGAUGCGAGAAUUCAGGUGGUUGGAAAGCAGUUGCUCGUCGACGGCAAGCCACUGCACCUCAAGGGCGUAGCCUGGAAUCCCGUUCCCAAAGGAGGCCGGCACCCCCAAGACCUGGACUUUGCUCGCUUCGUGGAGGAGGAUUCUCAAAUUAUGCAGAGUAUGGGUAUCAAUGCCGUCCGCACAUACGAGCCUAUCACCGACACAUGGAUCCUGGACACGCUUUGGCGUCGAGGCAUUUGGGUUGUGAACAGCGUUUACAACUGGGGCGGUGCCUCGGCGAGAGAUGCAGCAAAUCCCGUGAAGGCCGUCAAGGAUCACCCUGCUAUCCUGAUGUGGUCCAUCGGAAAUGAGUGGAACUACAACGGUCUCUACGUGGGAAGCAGCUUCUUCGACUGCAUUGCCAAAAUCCGGGAUGUGGCGAAGGUGGUGAGGGAGUUCGACACGAGCCACCCCAUUUCCUCGAUCUAUGGAGACACCGGGAAGCUGGAUCAGGCAGCUCAGGCGCUUCCAGAGAUUGAUGUCUGGGGCAUCAACUCAUACCGCGGCAUCAGUUUCGGCGGCCUCUUCGAUGAGUUUGCCAGAAUUACCGACAAGCCCAUGUAUUUGGGUGAGUAUGGUGCCGAUGCCUACAACGCCAAGAUCAACAGUGAGGACCGCGAGUCCCAGGCAAGGGCGACAAAGGAGCUGACGGAAGAAAUCCUCAGCAAAAGCUCGGUCUCGAACCGUGGCUCCUGCAUCGGCGGCUUUGUGUUCGAAUUCAAUGAUGAGUGGCACAAAGACAACGACGGAAGCCCGGAUGAUCACGACACCGGCGGCGUGGCUCCUGGGGGUGGCCCCUACCCAGACAGAACGUUCAACGAGGAGUGGUGGGGCUUGGUCACCAUCGACCGUGAAAUCCGACCUGCUGGCAGGGAGUACGCAAAGACGCCGAUCCCUGGCGUGGAGAAGCUGGUUGCAUAA